CCGCUAUGAACUGUAUGAACUGUCCUCCGCCUUCCCAGUCACCUGCCCAACAAGCCAAAAGACCAUCCGCAAGAUCGCUCAAAUCCCACCCCAAGAAGGCUCAUAAUAUCCAGCCAUUAUCAAGUCGAUUAGACCGGAGAACGGAAAAUCUUCGAUCCAUAAAUCCGUUUGGGUAUUUCUUUUCCUUUUCGCACCACAAGGACCAGGACUUGCCUCCCGGAUUCAUUUGGAUUCCUGCCCAGGAUUAAUCGUACUUUCUUCCCACUUGGACCGAAACCUGUACCUACCUUACCUGCAGCCUUACGUAGGUACAUGUACCUUUCUGCGCACAAACCAAACUCCGUUUUCGCCGAGAUCAAACCACAAUCAUGGAGGACGCUCCUCUGCCCGAACGCAAACAACGCAAAUCAGUCGCCUUCACCAACGAGCGAGUAGUCGUCGACGCCGACGGUUCUAUCACCAUGGUCAACACUCCGGAUGAGACCAAGGACACGGCCCAGUCCCACACGCCUCGUACGCCGCCGCUUUCCGCAGCUCUUGGAGCAUUUACUGAUCCCUCAUCUGAAGCUGGUGACGAGACCACUCCCGCCGCGGUCGAUGAUGGCGGGCUGGACCUGACACUGAAGAAGAAGAAGAAGAAGAAGGUCCCCAAGGACGAUGACGAGGAAGGUGGCGAGGAUACCGGUGCCGGCGCCGAGGAUGGUGGGCUUGACCUUACCAUAAAAAAGAAGAAGAAGAAGAAGGCGCCCAAGGAGGGCGAAGAGGACGAAUUCGCCGCCAAGCUCAAGGCGCUCGAGCUCGAGGGUAAAACGGAGGAGGGCGCCGCAGCGGAAGAGCCGGCCGACGAGGGCGACAUGGAUGCCGGCACCGGCAUCUGGGCACACGAUGAGACCAGACCCCUGAGCUACACGCUCCUUCUGGACAGAUUCUUCCACCAGCUCUCGCAGCGGAACCCGGACCACGCCCUGAGUGGAUCCAAGAGCUACAAGAUUCCUCCCCCGCAGUGUAUGCGUGAAGGAAACAAGAAGACCAUCUUCGCCAACCUUGCCGAGAUCGCCAAGCGCAUGAAGCGGACAGAGGAGCAUCUCACUCAAUACUGCUUGUCCGAGUUGGGUACUUCUGGUUCGACUGACGGUAGCCGUCGUCUUGUCAUCAAGGGUCGGUUCCAACAGAAGCAGAUUGAGAAUGUGUUGCGGAAAUAUAUCAUCGAGUACGUCACUUGCAAGACGUGCAAGUCGCCCAACACAGAGCUCAACAAGGGAGAGAACCGUCUCUACUUCGUCAACUGCAACUCGUGCGGUUCUCGACGGACGGUCACCGCCAUCAAGACUGGUUUCUCGGCCCAGAUCGGCAAGAGAAAGAAGAUGUAGGGUUAAAGCUAGCUACAGCUCUACGGGGAGUUUUGGACGGGAGUGGUCUUCUCUUUACCAUCACUCUCCUUUUUUCUUGUUUUUCUUCUCUCUUUCCCUUUUUUUUCGUUUGUUUCUCUUUUCCUCACUUACUUUGCAUGCUGGUGAAGCUUACCGGCGUCCGGGGCAUGUGCUGAGGCCGUGUACACACUGCCAUUUCUUUCGACGUACUUCGUCUCGUUAAGUUCAAUGAGAUGCGACAUGACACGGCAUCGGAGUGGAACCAGUUGGGGUAGGAAUAGGUACGAACGGGUAGGAAUGGGUAGUCUCAUGACGGUCAGAAACAAUACAUUGCGACAUGACAUGGUAUGAAACGACGUAGGACCUGUAUUGAAGCGU